CUCUUUGUCCCGCCCCCUGCUCCGCCACCGUCCUCUCUUCUCCUGAACGCUGAUGUGUUACUAACUUCAGCUCCAACUCUGACCAAAAAUGUUCAACUUCGGAUCGAAAUUGCUGCUGCUUUUCCUCCUGGCCUUCCCCUGUGGCCUCAUAUCUAUCGGCCACGUCUCUGCAGACUCUGACUCUGCUGAGGAUAUUGCUGAUGACCAAGAUGCUGCUGUAGAUGAGGAGGAGGACGAAGAGGAAGAGGUGCUUGUUGAGGAAGAUCAAAUACAACCUAUGGAAGGAGACGAAGAAGACGCAGAUGAAGCAGCUGAUAAACUGUUGGCAUCUCAUCCUGAAGCCGACACAACCAUCAUCUUCACGACAGGCGAAGAGUUUCAUGCCAAUGAGAUUGUGAGGUUCCUGGUUGGUUUCACCAACAAGGGAAGUCAGGAUUUCAACGUCCAGUCAUUGGAGGCCUCCUUCCGUUACCCUCAAGACUACCAGUUCUACAUUCAGAACUUCACAGCUUUGCCUCUGAACACCAUGGUGCAGCCCCAGGCUCAGGCCUCCUUUGAGUACUCCUUCAUCCCAGCUCAACCCAUGGCAGGACGUCCAUUCGGUCUCGUUAUCCUCCUCAACUAUGUGGACUCUGAGGGCAGUGUGUUCCAGACUGCCAUUUACAACCAGACUGUCACCAUCACAGAGCGGGAAGAAGGACUGGACGGAGAAACGAUGUUCAUGUACAUCUUCCUGGUUGGACUGGUGGCCCUGAUGCUCUUCGGGAUGUACCAAGUCCUGGAAUCAAGGACGAGAAAGAGAAUCCCAGUGAAAAUCGAGAAGGGCACGGGUGGGAUGAACGAUGUGGACAUCAGCUGGAUCCCUCAGGAGACUCUCAAUGUCAUGAACAAGGCUUCCCCCAAAGCAUCUCCACGGAAACGAACCAACAGGGCAGCAGGAACCGAUCAAUAACAUGCUCCGCUUCCAUCCAUCAUAUACUUUCCAUCAGGCUUUUAAAGCUCAUUUCCUCGCCACAGUAACACAAUUACCACCUAAAAUGGAUCAACAUUUCUGGAAUCCAGUUCUCAAGCAAUGUGUUUAGAUGUUUGUACGGAUCUCAUCCUGCUGGUUUGAUGACCAGAGAGCAUCCUGGACUCUACUGCUCUGAUCAGAGUGUGACCAUUUAGAAACUGACAGUACUGAACUACAGUUCAGUUUAAAGGGACUUUUUUAUCAGUAUGUUAAGUGUGUGAAAGGUGAGCAAAGAUAAACCAGUAAGUCAUUAUUUUUUUGAUGGAAAAAGAAAGGGAUUGUGGUACAAACUGCCACCCUAUAAGAAACUGAAUACAUUAACUCUAUCUGUAAACACUAUUGUGCCUUAUAUGUACUGUACUUGCUGUGCAAAGACAUAAUGUUACAUAAUGUUCAGAUAUGAUACCCCUCUUACUUUAACAUCCAGUCACAUAUGGCCUAGGGUUUUUUUAAAGUUAAAAUAUUGUUUUACAGUGGGAUGAUGGCAGCUGCAGUAGCAACAAACAUCAGAAUCAGUGUUCGCUGGAGGUUUCUUCAGGUUAUUUUACCUGUUUGUUUAUUGAUUUUAUUGUCGUAAGAAGCUCAGUGGAGCAUUUUAAAAACAAUAAAAGGGUGAACAAAGUGA